AGUAACCAGUUAACUGGUAGCCCGUAGCUGUCCAGUGCUCACUGCUGGAACAGUUCGUUAAUUAUUCAACCAUUGAACUUGUCUCUAUCCAUGAAGCCGCACAACCGCACGUUCAUAAUUUCUGGAGGGUCCUCUGGUCUUGGGCUCGCCACGGCUCAUACCCUUUUGGACGCUGGCGCAUAUGUAUCUAUUUUGGAUCUUCGAGAGAACACCGCACUCUCUGCCAAAGACAGUAGUCGUGUUAAAUUCUUUAGGACCAAUAUUACAAACGAAAAAGAUGUCAAUGAUGCAGUCGAGAGCACGAUAUCGUGGGCACAAAAGUCCGGUGCUCAACUCGGCGGGGUCCUCAAUUGUGCUGGAGUUGCAACAGCAGCGAAGAUCAUUGACGCUCAAGGAAACCCCCAUUCACUCGAUCUCUGGAAUUUUGCAGUCGCGGUCAACCUUACGGGCUCGUUUAACCUGACUCGUUUGGUCUGCAAGUACCUCGUCAACGUCCCACCCGAGGGUGAUGACGGAGAGCGAGGUGUGGUAAUUUUCGUUGCCAGCGCAGCUGCAUUCGAAGGACAGCCAGGACAAGCUGCCUAUGCAGCCACCAAAGGAGCUCUUGUUAGUGCUACCCUGCCUCUUGCACGGGAUCUUGCUCGAUACGGUAUUCGAGUAAAUACGAUCGCCCCGUCAGCCUUUGCUAGCGCCAUGACUGACCGAAUGCCCGAGAAGACUCGUACUAGUCUUGUUCGGGAAUUGAAUUUCCCAAAACGCUUUGGCAGUGGGAACGAAUUUUCUCAAACCGCAUUAUUUGUGAUCGAGUGUGGAUACAUGAACGGAGAGACUAUUAGACUUAGCGGAGGAGCACGACUGCCAGGAAGGCUGUAACCAACUGGAGUUGUACUUUCGCUUAUGUCAACGAGCCUGGCAAACGAAUUAUUGUUAAUUUUACCUCCACCAUAGGUUCUGGCUACUUUGCACAGCUCGCAAAUAUCUGCAUAAGCGAAGUGAUAGCAUUUGUAGGCAUUUCUCUUGCAGUCUUGCCUCUUGGAGCAGUA